AUGGGACACACUCAUUCUUCGAUAGUGGAUGCGCAGGCCCAGCACCCCCCGCGGUCCAUCGUGCGGAAGCAGUCCAAGGCCGCAUUCUCUGCCCUAACUCUUGGUUGUGCUAAUAGCCCUGCUAGCUUUUCCCCUGAGACUUAUGGCUCGAUCACCGCCGUCACAGAACGCUACCGCAGCGACGAGAAGGCCUCAUUCGAUCCUCCACCUCUGUAUGCGUCCUUCACCGUCGACAUCCUCGAGGACAGUGCCUCUGGAGCCUACAAGCUUUUCCUGAAACAACAUCCACAGUAUCAGCUUACUUGGACCCUUGAUGCAUUGAGACGCAGCGACUUCGCACGCUUGGACCGCACCGGAGAGACAUAUGUGGACUACAUGGGGGGCUCGCUCUAUCCAGAGAGUUUGUUACGAGCCCAGACAGACUUUCUCCACCGCAAUAUUCUAGGCAACACGCACUCCGUCAGUAAUUCGUAUGUAUCUCUCGCCGCCUCUCGCAUAUUCUCAUAA